AUAGAUAUUCUAAGUUGCUUGCAAACGUUAUGUGGAGACGACAGCGGCAAGCCUUUUGAAGUGAUGGCAGAUGGGGAAGGAGGCGAUGUGGUAUCUGAAUAUCUCACUCAGAACCCUCAUCUAGUACCCUGGAUAGAGUCCUUAAGGGGGCACUGUGAGACAAAUAAACAGUGGCAUGCCAGGAGAGAGUUCAUCUUGCGAAACCUUGAUGUCUUUCCCAACAUCCAGCCAGGAACCCAGAGUCCCUGUUUGGAUCGGCUGCUUUCUCUGUCUAUGGUGUGGACUAAUCAUGUUUUCAUGGGCUGCCAAUAUCCUCAGCCAGUGAUGGAGAAGGUUCGAGAGAUGGCAGAGGGAAUUUGUGUGCAUGAAGCUCCAGUCCAUAAGACCAGAGAUGAACUCAUGGGAAAGAUAAAAAGACCUCACCCAUCAGGAGGGGAUCCUGGCAGCUUAGUAAAGAAGAAUAAGGUUGGCCUUAAUGAUGUAGAUGGUAAGGGUGAAGGGAAGUGUGUUGCCCUUCUUAAGUCAGGCCCUCCACCUGACGCUCCAGCCCAGUGCCAGUCUUUUUUCAACCGACUCUACAAGGCUGUAGCGUGGAAGUUGGUGUCUGCAGGAGGCUUUGGGCCCAAUCUUGACCACUUUGAGAUUCUGCGGUCUUGUGCGGAGUCAUUGAAGGUCAGUUUAAACUGUGUGUUUGUCCCCCUCAAAGACAUCCCUGAUCUUCCGGCAGGGCGUACUCAGAAAGAGGGGCAGGUUUGUGAACUGCGUUGCCAAACUGUCUACAUGGGCACGGGGUAUGGCCGCGAUGAUGGUGCAGCAAGGGCCAUGGCUUCCAAGGAAGCCCUCAAAACAUUUCAAGGUCGUAAAGUGACAGUGAAGAUCGCUCGCCGCCGGUUUCACGGACGAGAUGUGGAAGAUCUGGUCCUGACUGAUGAACAACCAAAAAGCCCAGUAUUCCCACCCGCCCUGAGCUAUCCCUUUCAGCCUGACUCUCAAGACGCUAAUCUCUCUAUGUAGGCAAAGUCUAAAUCUGUGGGCAAGACUAUAAGGCUGUAAUCCAAAGAGAUUACACU